AGGAAUGGAAAAUGGCGGGAUAAGUCAACUUGGUUGACCGUUUCUUCAAUUCGCACGGCCACGGCUCGGCCGGUGCCGGUCCAAUGGGAGGCGGUGUCUUCGCUCUCUCCCGAUUUCUUCUCCUCAUCCAAGUCAUCCCGCGGUCUUGCUCGCUCGCUGACGCACCAUCUUACGUCAUUCCCCUCAUGACUUCCCUUCUCCGUCGUGUUCUUCUUCUCUCAAAUUAAACGCUAGCUCUGCUUAAUUCGGACCAAUGUUACUUUCUUUUAUUUAUUUAUUUUGCGAUUCACAUGGAUAAAGGCGACGGAACCGCCGACGACCGGCUAGCCGUCAACGAGAUGGACUUCUUCUCCGACGAUCGCCGGCGCGGGAUGGAGCUCGCUCUGUUGCCGAGUUAUUGCGCCAAGAAGCCGGAGCACCAUUUCACAAUCGUCGAUACCGGAUUGAACCUUCUUCCGGCGGUCAACGCCGGCAGCGGCCACUCGACGGUCGACGACGGGCUGCCGUCGCAGGCUGAUCAGAACCGCAAAGAAAGCAGGAGCGUGAAGGCUGCAAUGGAAGCGGAGCUGGUGCACGUCAGGGAGGAGAACGAGAGGCUGAAGCAGAUGCUUAGUCAAGUCGUCGCCCACUACAACACUUUGCAUGCUCAGUUCAUCUCACUGAUGCAGCAGAACAAUAGAUCUGACGGCCCACAAACGGUGGAGCCUAAGAAGCAUGAGUUAGGCGGAGGAAGAGGCCCGAUUUGGCCGCUCAUCGAUCGCGGAUCACUCGGAGAAAAACUAGACGUUGAUGAAGUCGCCGCCGAUGAGGGGAUCACGAGGAAAGUCCGUGUCUCGCUUCGAGCUCGCUCCGAAGCCCCCAUGAUCAUUGAUGGAUGUCAAUGGAGAAAGUAUGGACAGAAACUAGCGAAAGGAAAUCCAUGCCCUCGAGCUUAUUACAGAUGCACCAUGGCCGCCGGUUGUCCUGUCCGCAAACAAGUGCAGAGGUGCGCGGAGGACCAUUCGAUCUUGACCACGACGUACGAGGGGACGCACAGCCACCCUCUGCCGCCGGCCGCCAUGGCGAUGGCCUCGACCACCUCGGCGGCGGGGUCCAUGCUCCUCUCGGGGUCGAUCUCGUCGUCGCCGGCGCCGGCCGAACUGGGUCUUCCGUAUUCGUUGAGCAUGGCCACCAUCUCGGCGUCGGCGCCGUUCCCCACCGUGAUGCUCGAUCUCACCCGGAGCGCGAGCGCACUCCAGUUCGGCGGUUUCGCCAUGCCGCCGUCGGCACAAUACUACUACGGGGCUAAAUUUUCAGGGAUGGCGGACAUGGUGGACGCGGCGACGGCCGCGAUAACGGCCGACCCCGGUUUCACCGCAGCGCUGGCUGCCGCCGUAUCGUCAAUCAUCGGCGGGAAUCAUCUUCAAACCGCGAGCAGAGGAGCCAGUGGCGGCGACGGCGACGGCGAGGGGAUCGCCGACAAACAUGUGGAUUAAUUAUUUGAAUUGUCUGCAAGGUUAGUGAUUUAUUUUGUGAAAAAAAACAAGAAAUUUUAAAGCAGAUUAUCUGAUAGAUGUAGAUUAUUGAUCUCUUAUAUAUUUUAUGGAGUGAACUUAAAUCAAAGUGAUUUCGUGUCU